AUGCCGACAUUCUACCAGUCGAUCACCCCCGAACUCCGCGACUGGACCCUCCGCCAGAGCGUCUUUUUCGUGGCCUCGGCCCCUCUGCAAGGACGCCAUGUCAAUGUGUCACCCAAGGGCUUUCCCGACUCGUCAUUCGCCAUCCUGGGUCCCAACGAGGCGGCCUAUGUUGAUGCCACCGGCUCGGGCAGUGAAACCAUCAGUCAUGUGCGCGAAAACGGACGAGUCACCGUCAUGUUCUGCUCGUUUGACGCUUCCCCCGGCAUAGUCCGCUUCUUUUGCACGGGAUCCGUGAUCGAAUGGGAUGAGCCUGAAUUUCCCUCCUACCUCGAGCGGAUGGGAGGCAAGCAUGUGGUAGGAGCGCGUGCUAUCAUCCGUCUGAAUGUCUUCAAGGCUCAACGUUCGUGCGGCUACGGGGUCCCGCGACUGUCCCUGAAAGUCGACGCCGAGACCAAGGACACCAACCCGUUCCUCCAAGACCGCAAUACACUGGGCCACUGGACGGGCAAAAAGGUUCAAUCCAACGAGCUUCGCGCAUACCAAAAGGAGUAUAAUGUCCGUAGUCUCGAUGGGUUACCUGGACUACACACAGCGUUGAAGGAUGACCAUCAGCUUAUCUGGUUGAAGCAGGUGGGCAACUGGGCGCGACGCCAUCGCGAUGAGAUCGAGAUGGUCAAGACCUCCUUCCUGAUACUGUUCAUCUCCAUGGCCAUCUUACAAUGGGCUGGAUAUUUCGCUCGAAAUCAUCCCCGGGAUCCAGUCGAUGUGAUCAUCGCGGACUUCAUGAGUGAGGCGAAUAUGGUAACGGCGGCUGCACGCAAAGUGGAACAGGACCGGCUCCAGGAGAGAGGGGAACAAAAACCCCUCACCGACAAUGCGCCAGGCUAUGAAGCCGCGUUCCUCUUGGCUCUGAGCCCAGCCCUCGAAGAUCUAGCAAAGCACGGCAUCAAAGUGGCGGUCAAUGCAGGCAACACGGACACAGAAGGCCUAUACAAAGUGGUGAAGCACAUGGUGGAUGCAAAGGGACUGGACCUCAAGGUGGCUUGGGUCUCCGGGGACGAAGUCCUGUCAAUCAUCAAAGCGGCACUCUCGUCGGGCGAGUCCACCUUCAACAACAUCUACACGGGCGAAUCUCUCUCCGACUGGCCUUUCGAGCCCAUCUUCGCUCAGUGCUAUUUGGGUGGGCUCGGAAUCGCGGCCGCAUUAUCCCAGGGAGCCGAUAUCGUACUCUGCGGACGAGUAUCAGAUGCAUCACCCGUUAUUGGAGCUGCGUACUGGUUCCACAACUGGGAUCGCACCGACCUCGACCAGUUAGCCAAUGCCUUCGUGGCCGGUCACCUCAUCGAAUGCAGCAACUAUGUCUGCGGAGGAAACUUCACCGGCUUCAAGUCGCUAGAACACGUCGGCCGUGACGGCUGGACCAAUAUUGGGUAUCCCAUCGCGGAGAUCUCCCCCAAGGGCCAAGUCAUCAUCACCAUGCAGUCCUACGCAACCGGCGGCGCCGUCACCGUCGACACCUGCUCAUCCCAGCUCCUCUACGAGAUUCAAGGCCCCUGGUACUUCAACUCCGACGUCACGGCCAUCCUCAACGACGUCUACUUCGAACAAGUCGGAACCAACCGAGUCGCCGUGCACGGCAUCCGCUCCGGACCACCACCACCUACCACCAAAGUCGGCAUCACAGCCCGCGGCGGCUUCCAAGCCGAGGCGACUUGGUUCCUCGUCGGGCUCGACAUCGACGCCAAAGCCCGCAUGCUCGAAGCUCAAAUCCGCCAUCUCCUCUCCCCAUACUCCUCCAAAUUUACGGCCCUCCACUUCUCCACCCUGGGCUCCGCAGCCCCCAAUCCCCAAGACCAAGACAGCGCCACCGUCUGCUUCCGCAUCGUCGCCCAAGCCCGUCACGCCGACGACCUCUCCCCAAUGCACUUCCUCCGCCACAUCGUCGACAACAUCAUGCAAGGCUAUCCGGGGGCCACCUUCCACCUCGACUCCCGACAAGGCUUCCCCCGUCCCAUCUACGAAUACCACGUCAGCCUCCUCCCCCAAUCCUCCAUCCACCACCGCGUCCACCUCCCCUGGCUUCACCAAACCCUCACCAUCCCCCCUCCCCCAACCACCCAAACCUACCCACCCCAUCAACCCUCCCAACCCAUCACCUCCGCCCCUGACUCCAUCCCCAUCCCCACCCCCUCCUUCGGCCCAACCACCCCCGCCCCCCUGGGCUUGAUCGUCCACGCCCGCUCCGGCGACAAAGGCCCCGACGCAAACUGCGGCUUCUGGGUCCGCCACAGCGACGAAUACCUCUGGCUGCGAACCCUCCUCUCCAUCCCCACGAUCACGCUCCUCCUCGGCGAGAAAUACACCUCCAAUCCCGACCUGCGGAUCGAGCGUUUCGAGCUCCCGAAUCUGAGGGCCGUGCAUUUCCUGUUUCGGAAUUUGUUGGAUCGGGGAGUGGGGGUGACGACUACGGUGGAUUUCUUGGGGAAGAAUGUGGCGGAGUUUUUGAGGGCCAGGGUUGUGGAUGUUCCGGUGAGGUUUUUGGGGAGGGGGAGACUGUAG